ACAUUAUCGCCUGUUCUGAGAGGGUUUAUUGUUUUUACUCGGAUCCUGUAGCGCGUUUUCCUGCAGUUUUGGAGGUUAAAAUAGCCACGCUGUUUUAUUUAUUUUGUAUUUUUAUCUAAUCUUCAAGACAUACCACGUCUAAACAGGUCAGCAGAAUGGCUGAAAAGGAGUCGGAAUCGCCUGGUGGGAAACUAAAGCCAUUAAUAUUACCAUUAUAGCCCAAACUGGGGUUUUUCGCCAUCCGAACGGACGAUUUUCCCUCAACAACUUUCCCCUCUGUGGAUAAUGGAUGGCAGAGAUUUCGGACCCUCUCGAUCCGUCCACGUCCCUCCUCCGUUGCUGGCGGGGCUCGGGAUGGAGCCUCACCGACACGGAGCGGCGGCCGCAGCCGGGAGGAUCCCUCCCUCGCCCGGCCACUUGGGCGCGAGCCACCCGCCGACCCUCCACUCCGGGAAGUAUCUGCCGUCGGCCAUUAACCUACACGCACACCACGGCUACCCCCCUCUCCCGAGCAGCCUGUACUCCAGUCCGUACCUGUCCCUGGGACACAUGGAGCCGUCCUCCCUGCCCCAGCACCCCCUCUACGACCCUCAUAAAGACGGAUACUUCCUGCCAUCCUCCUUGAGACAGUCACCUCUCCACCCCCCGUCUGCCUCAUCGACCACCCCAUCUGGCUCCAUACCCGCUCAACGACCGUCCCGGGAUGGGGGCAGGGACAGAUCUUACCGGGCAGAAAGAGAAAAGGAGCGAGAGCGGUCGCGAGAGGAGCUACGACCACACAGCGUGGUCGACCUGACGCUGGAGGGGCGGAGCGAGGAGGACCGCAGGGCGGGCAAAGACCGGGACAGAGAGAAGGACAAAGACCGAGAUGCAGACAGAGACAGGGACAGUUGGUCCUUCCAUCCUCACCAGCAGAAGUCCCACUCCCAGCCUUCCACAGUGGAGCCCAGGUCCAGACUGUCGCUUCCUCAGCACUCGUUUCCUCCUGGCGGGGGUGGGGGGGAGAGUAGGUUUCUUGGAACAGAAAAGGACAGAGGGGGUCGGGAUGAGGAGGGCACUUCUCGAAACCACCACGACCAAAACUCUAACUCUAACAACUCUAACUCAGAACGGCAGAGGAGGAAUGAGUCUGUGGCCACGUCGGGUGGGACUCUACACAUCUCCUACGUCCCUCCCCCCCCUCUGCAGCCGUCCAGCGCCGGCCUUCCCCACGUCCCUGCACUCAGAGAGCAGCGAGUCAGCGCAACUACUUAUGUGCCUUCUGUUGAGGUUUUCGACGAGCGGGCGGGGCCCAUCCAGAUCGCCUCGCAGGCCCGGGACAACAAACGCCGAGAACGAGAAAGAGAACUUGAACGAGAGAGGGAGAGCUACAGGUUUCAUGAGAAAAGCCUCACGGAGCAUCCUCGCCUCCCUCUGUCCGGCGACAUGAGCAAUCAAAGAGAAGAAGGGUCUGUUAUCUGUUCCAACGGUUCCUUCGGUAAACGAGGUCAGGACACUUCUUUCUCCCCAAGUCAAUCACGGUUCAGCCCAGAAUCCAGGAAUGUCUCCAAACACUCAAUCAGAGUCGGCGUUGAGCAAAUGGGGGCGGAGCCUAAAUGGAACGCUAUCAGUCCGUUGGCAAAUUACGCCACAAAUCACAUGGCGGCCCUGGCAGCUCAACAUGGACAUACGCUCUCCUCCCCACACAGCCAGCAGACGCAGAAGUCAAACUCCCCUCAGACGUCCCAUCGACCGAACAGCUCGCAGUCGUCCCCACAAACGCACGCCUCCCAACAUGGGCAUACUGGUGAGGAGGCGAGUCAGCGGCGCUACCUGGACCAGUCGGUGCUCUAUCGCACCUGUGGCUCGUUGACGGGAGCUUCCGGCGGUGGAGAUUGUGGAGCUGGUCCGGAUUCCUCAGAGAUUUCAGCCAUGCAGAGUCUGAUUAAAUAUAGUGGAAACUUCCCCGCCGACAAUCCCGUUUCUUCCAGGCACAUUUUGGAUGGACGAGGGCCUUUUGGCGGUCUGGGUAACCUUUCGAUGGAUGCCGAGCGAGACAAAGAGAGGGACAGAGACAGAGAAAAGGUUGCUGUCGGAUUGGGUAGUUCAGGAGCAAUCAGGAUGCCUCCUCAGCUUAAGAGAGAACAGGAGCGGCCCGACAGCGCCCGCUCAUUUGGGCGUGAGGGGGAGGGAGAGGUGCGGUACCCUCCUGUGGGGAUCGCUGUAGCUGUGGCCCGGCAGAGAGACAGCGGGAGCAUUAGUAAACAUACCAGCGGAUCCUCAGACCCACCGAGACCACUUCUACAAACGACUAUUAAAGAUGAGGAGCGAGGGGAGGAGCGCGCUCGCCACCGUGAUGACAGACUGCUGGCUGCUCGGCUGGAUCGUGAGCAGGAGAAAGUCAUCAGAGAGUCUAAGAAUCUACCUGAGUUUACUCAGAUGCAUCCCACCCCUCUGUCUGGAGGCUUGACACCCAGUAUGAUGACGUCCAGCCUCAUGACCCCCAACCUUAUGGUCACAGGAGGGGCUGCUCUAGCGGGGGCGGGGCGAUGGCCACCUGAACCCUCAACUCUGACCUCUCACCCCUGGAUGCCCCGGCCCGGAGCCCCAUCAGUCUGGCUGUCCAGCUCUACAUACGGCCUGGGACCCUCCUCGCUCCACCAGCCCCUCCCCCAUGGCUACCCACCCUCUCUGUCAGGCUCCAUACCGCCUCCCUACCAGUUUGCCCGAGACCCUCAGACUGGGCAACUUAUUGUCAUACCUACUGAACACCUGCCACAUUAUGGAGGUGACAUCCUGGAGCGUGGAGCUCCGGUGUGGUCAGGUGUUUACGGUACGGGCAGCUCUCUGCAGCACGCCGCCCAGCUGCAGCUCAUCUCCCAGCACCAAAUGAUCCGACAGCAGGAGCUGUUCAUGAUCCAGCAGCACACAGCUCAGGUCCUGGAGUUUCAGAGGAAUGCACAGAUGGUCGAGCGUUUUAAAGCCAGCGAGCACCGGCCGGAGAUCGAAGACAAAGCAGACAAGAGAAACACCGACCCUAAAACCCGUACCUCUUCGAUUUCUUCCCCCUUGCCUUCACCAGUCCUCCAUCCUCGCAAACACCCCCCUCCCUCUCGAUCACCUACGCCAUCCACAUCCUCCCUCACCCCGUUGCCUCCCAUCCCUUCUUCGUUGCCCCACCUCAAGUUAGAGGAAGGAAAGCAGAGGGGUCUUUCUCACCUGCCGAAGCCGCUGAUUCAUCCAUCUUCUCCCCGCUCAGCCUCUCCACCUCCAUCUUCUCCACGACGGCCGAAACAGGAGGUGGCAGAGGAUGGGGAGGAGGGAUGGAGGGAGGGGCAGAAGCCAGCCCCUCCACCCUUUCAGGGCAUCUAUGCUGAUCUUCCUCCAGGAUACCCGUACCAAUCCAUCACGGCCCCGUACGGCUCACCUUUCCGCCCUUAUCACGUCUCGGCAUCUACAGCCGAAAACACAGAUCGCUCCUGCUCUCCUGCUUUAGCUGCUUCUUUACCCUCAGCUUACUGCCACUCCAGGUUGUUGGAUGCCGAUAUCAAGCCACAGAAACUAGAACCAUCAAAGACUGGAACUUUUCUUAAACAAGAACCUGGCGAGGAGCAGCAUUGUCCUGAUGUAACACCAGAGCAUCUCAGUGUGCUCCAUCAGAGCUUCAGCCCUGAUCAAGCCAGUCGGUAUAUUGACGUAGAAAGGCAAACCCCUAAAGCUCUGCCACUACUUCUGCAUGACCCCAGUCCUCCAGCACUGCAAGACAAAGGGCUACAAGUCAGGGAGGAAGAGAAGGAAGAAGAAGAUCCGAUUAAAAUGGAGGCGUCAUCUCGCUCGUGUCAUGCAGCCAACGACGUGUCUCCUGCAUGUGCCGAGGCUGCGCCUAAACCAGAGGUCAUCAAAGACUCGGACCAGACGCCGUAUCAAUCAUCCAUCACUGCAGAACCGGACGUUCAGGAGCCAUCUCAGAUGUGUGUGUCAUUAGAGCAGACCACCAGCACUGUGUGUGAACAGGAGCAGCCUGACGCUUCCUGCCUGACAGAAAGUACCUGUGAACUUCCUGCUCUCAGCCCUCCCCUCCCACUCGUCUUCGGCCCAGACGAUCCCAUGGGGGGCAUGUUUGCCCUGAUAACGGCUAGCGAGAUCGCCCAGGCUCGGGCCAGCUCUCCACCACCCCCAACGCUUGUGUUGCAGGUUGAAAAUCCACCGGUGGGUUCAGACCUGAGCUGUGCGGGGGCUCUGGAGAUGGUGGCUCUGGAAGGAAUGGCCCUGCUCAGCCAAAUGGGCCAACACGAAGCUGAGCCCCACAUCCAGGAUGAAGAUCUGGCGUUGGAGGGCUUAGUGUGUCUUCUUGAAGCAAGCAGACAGAUUCUGUUGGACGCCAUAGAGCAGCAGUCCCACAUCGACCUGCCAAGAGCUCUGGACCCCAACAAGAAGUACAGUUGGAGGCAGAGGAAGGAAGAACCAUUGUACUGUAAAAUGUCAGUGGACAUGUUGGACGCUGUGGAAGUGGAAUAUCGUGUCCACCUGGCUGAGCUUCAGAAGACGUACAAGGAGAAACAAAGAGAGCUGAGCAAACUGCAGAGACGCAGGGACAAGCGUGAGCGGCAGCAGCUGGAGGACGAGAGGAGGAGUCUGACCAGACGUGGUCGAGGAAGACCCAGGAAGAGGAAGCACCUGGUCUCACCUCCCAAACUGGACAGCCGGCCUGGGAAGGCGGGUAGGACGGUUUUAUAUUCAGAAGACUCUGAAGCCGGGGAAGGACAGAGGAAGAGGUUCCGUGGGUCAAGAGACGAAGAGGAGAUGGAGACGGGAAGUGCGGGGCUGAAGGCGAAGAAGAAGAAAAAGAAGAAGAUCAUCUGGAACGAGCAGGAGCCGUCCAGCAGUCACUCUCUGGAGGUGCUGAAGGCGAAGCGCGGCCUCGUGUGCGAGCAGGAGCAGCUGGCCUCGGACCUCGACAGAGCACUUUCGCUCUCACAACUCGGCUCUCUUGGUGGUUCUCGCAAACUUCUGUCCAGCGCAAAGUUAGAAAAGUCGAAGAGUAAACCUGCUGACGGUGGACUUCAGGAGCAAGGCAUCCACUCCUCGAUUAAAGGAGGGAAACUCCAACUGGGUGCCAAAACGUCCGCUUCAGCGUCCGUUCAGAAGGUGAAAGGUCAAAAGAAGACGGCCAUGUUCUCGCCCAUGAGAUCUGAGCUCAGCAGCUGCUCCAAUAACUCCGACUCGGAAGAGCUCAUUUCCGCCCGAGGGGGCUGGCCUCCUCUUUCGGCAACACAUCCCCACGGCAACCAGACCAGGAAGAGGCGGCCGACGUCGUCCCCGACUUCCCUGCUGUCCAGCAAGAAGUCUCAGAAGAAACACAAGCACUUAUCGCUGCUGCUGGAGGAGGCGGGCCUCAGCUCCUCUGACGACUCCUUCGAUCAAGAGACCUCAGCGGAGGAGGAAGAGUCCGACUUCGACGACAUCGGCUGUGAGGAGAGCGGGCUGGGGCUGCUGGCUCAGUUUGCGGCGAGCGCGCUCCCUGUGAGUCCAGCCCCGCUGAGGCUACUUCAUGACGGGAAACGCUGCGGCAGGCAAAGCACUCUGGGUUCAUCUGAAUGUGAGUGGUCAGACUCGGGCUCAGACUUGAGGCUGAGAAAGUUUCCAUCCUUGCUGCACGGGAAGCGUGCCGCCCCAGAGCUCCCCCUCCUGCCUCCAGCAACCCACCGAGCCGACCAGCCCAGCCCCACCAAGCGCGACGAAGCGCUGCCUGUCAAACGGAAGUCUCUGGCCAAACCGCGCCCCUCGCCUCGCUCACAGAGAAGGUUCAGUUUCGACCUCGCUGCCGGCUUCGGGGGCUUCAGCGAGGACGAGGGCUGGAACCGCCGGCGCAGCGAGAGGAUCUUCCUCCACGAUGCCACCACUACAGCCAGUCAGAUGUCUCUUUCUGCCCCUUCCUCCACCAUUCAGAGCUCCUCUUCCUCCUCCGGUUCAGCCCCAUCUCUCACCCCAAAGACGCCCUCCAAACCCAAAAUCACUCCACCCAGCCGGGAGGGGAAAGAUGUGGUGAAAAAAAAGAAGCCAAAGGACUCCCCCUUGCCUGUCAGCCCAUCCAGGUUGUGCAGUCCAACCACCGACGGUCCUGCUCCUCGGAGCCUGAGCCCGGCUCACAAGAGCCAACCAAAGGCUAAAAGCAAAACCAGAGAGCCGUCCAGGGGUGCCGUGAGCCGUCUGAUGGAGAGCAUGGCUGCAGAUGAAGAUUUCGAGCCAAACCAAGACAGUAGCUUCAGUGAGGAUGAACUUGUCCCCGCACGAAGUAACUGCGCAUCAGAGAGAUCCACUACGCCUGCUCCGGUGCAGUGUGUGCUUGAUAAAGAUUCUCUGGUGGACGGGCUCCGGGUGUUGAUCCCAAUGGAGGACCAGCUUCUUUACGCCGGACACGUGAACACAGUGCACUCCCCUGACAUCUACAGCGUGGUGGUGGAGGGGGAGAGAGGAAACCGACCACACAUCUACUGCCUGGAGCAGCUGCUGCAAGAAGCUAUAAUCGACGUUAAGCCUCCAUCAGUGCGUUACCUCCCAGAAGGCACCCGCAUCGCUGCCUACUGGAGUCAGCAGUACCGCUGCCUUUACCCUGGAACUGUAGUCAACGGAAGUUCAGACAUCGACGAGAAUGACGACCUCAUCACGGUGGAGUUUGACGAUGGAGACACGGGCCGCAUCCCCCUCUCCCACAUCAGACUGCUGCCGCCUGACUACAAGAUCCACUGCGCCGAGCCGUCCCCCGCACUGCUUGUGGCGGGACCGUCCAGGAGGAGGGUCCGCAAAUGCAGCAAAGAGACGGGAGCAAAACCAGAGGAGGCCACGCCCAGGAUCAAAGGGAAACCUGGUCGCAAACCAAAACCCAAAUCAGAAUCUUCUGAAAGUCAGGAUGGUCAGGAGAAAGAUGAUCUUUUAUCGUCCUCCCCCCAGCCUGUUGAGAGACCCCUACCUCCAGCAAAGUCCACCCAGGACAGGAGCUCGUCAGUCCAGAAAACUGCUCAGGAGAAACCCCGACCUGCUUCUCGACCAACAAUGGGAUUGCAGGCAAAACCGGGCCGUAAGAACUCCAUGACCCCCACAAGCAGCCCUGCUCUUCCUGCUCCGGUUCAGAGAAAGAGCGGCUCAACCCAGCCUUCAAAACCAGUCCGGGCCCUCCCCCCUUCCCUCUACCCUUCCACCUACGGGAAGGUCCUGACUGUGGACCUGUACAGUGAACCCAACCUCAGCUCGUACAGCAGCCAGCGCACAGUCAGUCCCACCACCAGCAGGCCCAUGUCCAGGCCCGGUAUGACCGUAUCAUCCAGUCUACCCAAAUCCACCCCCAGACCCACCUCCGCUUCCUCACCCAAAACUAAGCCCUCCUCAGACCCUCGCCACAGCUCUGGAAUACUCCCCAGCCCAGUCUCCAGGCUGUCCACAGGCAGCUCCUCUUUAACUUCCAGACCAUCAUCUUCUUUGUCCCCCACCUCCAUCUCCAAGCCCAAACUGAAGAUCCCAUCAGAGAUGUCCUCCAGAACCGUUCCUAGGCCGAGUUCCAGCUCCGGACAAACUGUUCUCAGCGCUGCAGUGAGGCGGAAGUCCCUGUCAGCCGAGCCUCUGGUUAAGCUCGAUCACGAAGGCGUCACCUCCCCGAAGACCAAGAAGACCAAGGCUUUGAUGCUGCUGGAGGGUCGGGGCCUCCGGCGAGACCAUGGCCCCGCAGCCGAUCAGAAGCUGCUGAGGACUAAACCUGGAGCUCCGGAGAGAGAGGCCGCUCUACCUGACAAGGAGGCUGCCUAUAAGUCAUCCAGGCUGGCUAAGGACAAGGCGGACAGUUGUGGGAGAGGACAGGAGACAGACACAAGAGAGGAGAAGGUUAAAAAAGAGGAAAGUAAGGAGUUGGAGAAGAGGGAGGAGCGACGAAUGAAAGAGGAGUCUCAGAGCAGCAGCAGCUCCGAGUCGGAGGAAGAAACGGAAAACGGAAAGACCAAAAAGAAGAAAUGCACCUCGAGCUGCUCGUCCUCCUCUUCAUCCUGCUCUGGUUCCUCCACAUCUUCAUCGUCAUCAUCCUCCUCUUCGUCGACUGAUGACUCCUCCUGCAGCUCAGAUGAAGAGAGGACCCCGAUGCCUUCGCUCGCCCCGAUUCCAAAACAGUCAGUGCAGGAAAAACCUAAUGAAAAGGUGAAAGAAGAGGAAGAGGAGGUGAAGGAGGAGGUUGAAGUCAAAGUGGAGGAGGAAGAGCAGUCUCAAUCUGAUUCUUCUCCGUCAACCCCUCCAGUCCUCGAUGCUCCGGCCCCCACUAAACCUCCUAAACCCACCACCGGGAAGGGCUCCGGGCAGAGGGGCCGUCCUCCCAAGCCGAAGCCCAGCGGAGGAGAGGGGAAGGUGGAGCGACCCAAACGGAGAGAGGGGGUCCACCUCCCAACGACCAAGGAGCUGGCUAAACGACAGAGGCUCCCCAGCGUGGAGAACAGACCCAAAAUCUCUGCUUUUCUUCCAGCCAGGCAGCUCUGGAAGUGGUUUGGGAAACCCACUCAGAGACGCGGCAUGAAGGGCAAGGCCAAGAAACUCUUCUACAAGGCCAUCGUGCGUGGCCGAGAGAUGAUCCGCAUUGGAGACUGCGCCGUGUUCCUGUCUGCCGGGCGGCCCAACCUGCCCUUCAUCGGUCGCAUCCAGAGCAUGUGGGAGUCCUGGGGCAGCAACAUGGUGGUCCGGGUCAACUGGUUCUAUCACCCGGAGGAGACGAACCCCGGCAAGAAACUCACCGACAAGAAGAACUGGGACCAGAUGUGCGGUCAGUCUUUGCCAGCUGCUCUGCACUCGUCCAUCCAGAGGAAGGACUUUAUAGAGCGUGCCCUCUACCAGUCGUCUCACAACGACGAGAACGACGUGCAGACCAUCAGCCACAAGUGUCUCGUGGUGAGCGUGGAGGAGUACGAGCAGAUGAUCCACACCCGCCGCUACGCCGACAGCGAGGACCUCUACUACCUGGCCGGCACCUACGAGCCCACGACCGGCAUGAUCUUCAACACGGACGGAGUCCCGGUCAUCUGCUAGACGAGCUACUGAAACCAAACCGUGACCUCACCUGGAGACCGGCCCAACCUGCGCUCCAACACUGCUUUUCACUCUCCGAGCAUUUCUCCGUGGACUGAACGACUCGGCGACUUCGAGGAGACAGGAGACACUACAGAGACAGUAUUAUCAAAUCGUCUCCUGAAGCGUUUGCACACACACACUUCAUGACCACGUUCUGCUCGUUUUACGUGUAAAUACACCCAGACACAAACAGUAUGUAUGCUCACACGUGCACACAGUGUAAAUACUCACCUCCAUGUAAGACACGGUUAUCUAGAGGAACAUACGAGUGUUUUUAUUUUCAUGUUGUAGAUUUACGUCGGUAAGUUUCGUUUUGAAGAUGUUAACAGUGGAGAAGCUUUAACGAACUGUGAAUGACGGUAGACGCCGCGUCCGUUUUCUUCCGGGACGGACACGAACAAAAAGCCGGUGUGGUGUUGUGCCGUUGCCGUGGUGAUGUUCCAGUCACGUUCCAGUCGUGUAUACAUGUAUGUACAGAACAGCAGGACGCACAGAAAGAGAGAGAGAGGUAGACUCACAGCGCAAAGCACUUAAAAACACUUCAACCCUCCCCACCCCGACAAUCCUAACUCGGACUGAACGUCCCUGUUUUAAUAAUAAUAAUAAAAACUCCAUCGUUGACUCAGGCGUAACAAAGUGGAAGUUCUGCUCGUGUCAGCACUUCUCAGCUUUUGUAGUGAAAACACACUAUGAACGAAAACCAGCUGCAGUUUGUGGAUCUAAUACGUUUCGCGCUCGGAUCCAGUGAGAACACUUUUCUCCACAGCUGCCUUCGAGAGGCCGUGGAGGAGGCAUCCUGGGAAACGCAGGAUGCUUUAUUUAUUUUUUUAAAGCUAGAAGCCCCUGACUGGGAGCCCAAGUGAGGACGGCAUAGGAAUCCCAGCGAGGGUUGUAAACACUGCAGUCAGUCCAGGAGGCAUGAAGGUCGCGCUGCUGGUUCCCACCAUGCAGCUGUUGCUCCCAUUAGUUCAGCAUAAUUCACUUUCACACUUGUUUUCCACACACUGGGCUUCACUUCUCUCACCACCUGCAAACAUCCGGUGUUUGUUCGCUGCGUUUUCUUUAUUUGGCGUCACCUCGGCUGCUUUAUGGACGUCAUGUUUUAAUCGCGUGACGCCGUUUAGAUGAGCGUUGACUGAGGAGGCUCUGUGCCUGGGAGUCCUGGAGUCCUACACCCCCCACUAACCCUCACCUG